AUGUCUGAGCUCGCUGCAGCAUAUCUACUUGCUUCGCUCCCCAACGCGCUGGCGAAGGGUAUCCCACCGAAUGCCAUCCAAAACUUGGUUACCUUUGGCGAUUCAUAUACCGACAUCGUCAACGUCUUCGACGGUGGAGCUCCUUGGCCUAUUUACCUCGCAGACUACGCAAAUCUUACACUCUUCGCCUUCGCUCAGGCUGGUGCUGUUUGCGAUCAAAACUUGACGCCUAGGUCCGCCUUCCCGGCUGUAGUGCAGAACCAGAUACCGGAGUACCUCGACGCGCUGGCAGCAGGAAACAUCACAGGCGAUGCGAAUAGCACCCUGUUCACGCAAUGGAUUGGCACAAAUGACGUCGGUCAGCUUCUCACAGGAGCUCAAACCGGGGAGGCGACGGUAGUGGAUACCGUGGCAUGUGCGGUCGAGUGGGUGAAGACGAUGUAUGAUGGUGGGGCACGAAACUUCCUGUUCCAAAAUAUGGUACCACUGGAGCGAACCAUCUUGUACUCCAACGACUCGUACCCCAAUCGCUAUUGGACGCAGGAACGCAAUACAACGGAAUGGAGUCUCUUCAUGCGCGAGUUGACGGGCUCCGGUAACGAGAUUGCCAAGUUUAUGCUGAAAACACUGGCGCCCACCCUUCCCAAUGCUCACAUUGGCUUGUUUGACUCGCACGGCUUGUUCAACGACAUCUUGAAUAACCCUUCCUCGUACCUGAACGGGACAGCGCCUCUCAACACCACGGGUGCCGUCCGCUCGUGCAUCUUCCAAGAGUUCGAAAGCACUUCAGCCACAGGCAACUGCACCAUUGCAAACGGAACUGACGCAGACAGCUUUGCCUGGUUCGACGAGCUGCACCCAUCUGAACAAUCCGACAGGAUCGUUGCUCGACAGAUCGCCAACUUGAUACAGGGAGUGGGUAACAACUGGACUACGUGGUUUAGUUGA